GGCAGUGUGGCGACAAUCCCGCAUGCCCAUCCCUUCAGCUCUGCAUUGGCUCAUCUUGGUCGGCCAUCUCAUCUCAUCACAGACUGGGCUGCUUGCUCUCUUGUCUUGAGCGAUCCGAUCGAAAAUCCCAUCCUCAUCCAGCGUCUGCCUUGAAGGGCCAGAUACUGCAUUGCGCAGAUCCUCCCCGUGUGUGUUGGGACAUAUGUGGCAUGUGGGGGUUUUUGCUGUAUAUACCGGCCAACUCAGAAAAAUCUUCAGUAUCGCAGGCAUGGCACACCCUUGCACAAAACUGACUGCCGUGUGUUGGCACUCCAACAGCAGUUUCGACGUAUUUUCUUGUGCCGGCAUUUUCAAGCGACAUCGUACUUCCCCGACUGCGCCGUUAUGGUACGCAUCCAGGGGUAUUUUCGGCUUCCUCGCCAUAACAGCCCUGGGAAACCUUCUCGGCUGUUGUUUGGCAAAAGAUAGCACGGCUUUCCCUGGUAGCCACAUGCCCGUCAAGGUGGAUGGGCUCUCGAUCUCAGGCCCACCGCCGUCAACGGCGCAGGACGCAGAAUCCUUCAGGUGCCAAUCGUUCACCGUAGAGACAACUCUCAGGCAAGUCCAUUUAUCUAACAUGGACAUGCAUGGUCAUCCCUUGUGGAAUAUGCAGAUUAUAUGCGUCCUCUUCAGGCGAGAAUCCCUCCCGCAGACGGCCAAGACGGACGUGAUCGUGAGAGCCAAGAACCCUUGCCCUGUUAUAUUCGGGUCCGAAUUGCAGCUAGACCGUGCAGAGAUAGCGCGGGCUCUCCCCAGCGCCUCUGCUGUUGCCCGUCCCUGGUCUAUACAGAUAUCGCGUUUCGCUACCCCACGAAGUAUUCCAAACGCCCUCGCACCACUCCUCGCUGCCACCGACAUCAUGCUCACGAUGCCUCAUCGCUUAGGUUACAUCUUGGGUGAAGAAUACAAAGCUCGCCGACCUCAGCUCGUUGCCCCCAAUGAGCAGCCCUGGUCCAUAACGAAACUCGAACCCCUUGUAGAGUUCAUGCCACCAAUCGAGAACAGGUACCAGGAAACGAGAAGAACCAUGCAAACUUGGCUCUCAUGACUACGUAGUCGACAACGACAGUACGCCACCAUGACUCGGGGGUGCCCUUCUCUUGGUAGUCGACACUUAGCUAGGUCAACCCAGCCAGCUGGCUCGGUAAUAAACCA